GAUUAAUCAUGAUUUCAUUGACAUGAAGGUUCUAGACAUGUUGAACUUGGUUAAAACAAUGGCUACUGAAGUCGCUGCCGAAAAAGCUACCAAACGAGCAGAAUAUGAAUCUCUUCGGUCGUCACUCAAGGAUACCACAAAACUACUAGCAACUAAGCGACGAGAACUGGAGGAAUUGCGGUCUCGAACUACAGAACUGGACCAAGUAAACGCCCGAAUAGGUACUCUCGACACAAUACAAAGGCCACCAGAAGUCGUCGAGUGGACUGGUCGUAUACAUCAGAAUACGGACUCGGAAAAGGAUGGAAUAUCGCCCUCAUUCUGGAACAGAAAGUCUCACUCCUUGCCAUCUUCUAUGAAAGCCUCGAUUGAGAAGACCAUUGACGCUGCUAUGACUAAGCCUUUAACUGAAGGGAACAAUUUAGAGUCCUUGAUUUUGUUGAGAAGAAUGAAGCUAUGGUCUGAUCGUGUCAGAGGUAUAUUGGCACAGAAGAAUUCCUCUCUCAGUAAUCUCAGCACGGAAACGGAGCAGCUGAUGAAGAAAAUUAUUUCCCUGUGCACUGGGCUCUCUGGAGAAGAAAUUGACGAGGUUCGUUGA